GCUUAGGGUGGAGGAAUUUAUCAGUAGAGAUGGAGAGCAAGCUGAAGGCUUGGCAUUGACCUUGACUAUAUUGGGAGAGUGGAAGCAGAGGGAGGAAGAGAGAGAAUUGCGAGGUUUUCAGGUGCAGACGGGAAUGCGACCUAUUUGAAGGGAUCCAGAUCUAGUUGCAGUUUCCCACUCUCUGCUUCUCCGGCGGAAGAAGCAUAGAGAAAAGAGAGACAGAGAGAGAGAGGCGAUGCAGAAGGAAGAAAGGGAAGUUUUGCGCUGCGCUGCGCCGUUUCAGAGGAGAAGGAAAUAGAGUAUAGGUGCAGCGACUUACUUGAACAAGAUAACAGCAACAAGAAGAAAGGCAAGAACUUUGUGAGCUGCUCUUCUGCUAUGGAUGCGUACGAGGCGACGAAAAUCGUAUUUUCGAGGAUACAGAGUAUAGAUCCGGAGAACGCAGCAAAGAUCAUGGGGCUUCUGUUGAUCCAAGACCAUGGGGAGAAGGAGUUGAUCCGCUUGGCUUUCGGCCCUGAAUCGCUUCUUCAAUCUGUAGUCCAGAACGCCCGCAAAGAUCUUGGGUUUCUUCCCCCUUCAUCUUCCUGCGCAGCCUCGCCGCCACUUCCGGCGCCGCCUGCGCCGACGGCGAACCCUUUCGUCCUCCCUGGACAGAACUCUGCUUCACGCCUCCUUGUUCGCCCUCCGCCACUCGUCGUCUCAUCGCCUUCCUCAUGGGCCUCAUCAUCCCCCUUCUCCCGCUCCGGCGACGAAAUCCAUUCCGGAGGUGACGAGCUUAUUGACGAAAUCCACCUCCACGACCAGCUUUCAUUCUUGAACGACCCAGUAGCGUCCGGUGGUGACGAGCUCUUUUCUUACGGGAUGGGUUGGGGUUCACCGGUGUCGAACGGUGGAAACCAGCGCCGAAGCUGCUCUAUCUCGGACAUCUGCUUUGGUUCUGACCCAACCGGGCUAGGCUGGAAGCCAUGCCUCUACUUUGCCCGAGGGUACUGCAAAAACGGAAGCAGCUGUCGCUUUCUUCACGGCCUUGCUGACGAGGCAAAGAUGGAUGCUGCGUUAGAGCAGGAAUUCUUGUUGCGUUCGAAGAGCCAGCGGUUCUUGGCAUCUGCUGCGAGCGCGUUCCCUUACUCUCCGACUGGGACUUCUCUACCGCAGUCUCCGUCGGGGAUGGGUAAAUGCAUGAGCUUUCUCUUGCAGCAGCAUCAGCAGAACGAGAGCCAAAGGGCGGCCGUGGCUGCAGCAGCAGCGGCAGCGCUAAUGCUCGGAGGAGAUGAUCCGCAUAAAUUCAUGGGACGGCCAAGGAUGGAAAGAAGUGAUUUUUCCGGCAUGAUGAAUCCUAGUUCAAGGCAGAUCUACUUGACUUUCCCUGCGGACAGUACUUUCCGGGAGGAAGAUGUCUCAAACUACUUCAGCAUCUACGGUCCAGUGCAGGACGUGCGCAUCCCAUACCAGCAGAAGAGAAUGUUUGGGUUCGUCACCUUCGUUUACCCUGAGACUGUGAAGCUGAUCCUCGCCAAAGGUAAUCCUCACUUCGUCUGUGACGCCCGAGUGCUCGUCAAGCCGUAUAAGGAGAAAGGAAAAGUCCCCGACAAGUACAGGAAACAAGUUGAUAGGGGGGAUUUCUCCGGUUGUAACACUCCAUCUAGUCUAGAUUCCAGAGAUCAAUUUGACCUGCAGCAGCUUGGUUCGAGAAUGCUUUAUGCUGGGAACAACCAGGAUUCUAUGCUUAGAAGAAAAUUAGAGGAACAACAGGAGCUUCAACAGGCCAUCGAGUUACAGCAGCGUCGGUUCAUGGGACUUCAGCUUCUUGACCUCAAGCGGAAUUCGACCAUCUCCACUUCAGCAGUUGCUGUUUCUCCUCCAUCUCCAUUUCCGCUUACAAAUGUUCUUACAACAGCCCCUUCCGAAGGAGAUAAGAGCCUGAGGCCUGGUUCUUGCACUGCUAUUGCCGUUUCUCGUUCAGACCAGGAUGAUACAGUGACAAAGGCGAGUCCCAAAGAAGAUGGCGACUUCCAAGAAAGCUGCGUGGAGCACAAUCUCCCCGACAGCCCAUUCGCUUCGCCUAAGAAGUCAGCUUUUGCUGCGAAUGACUCCUCCACGAUCUCAGAGGCUGAACCUGCCGCAGCGGCCUCUGCUUCUUCUGCUCUCCUUGCUUCCACUCUGCGGCCUGCUACUUCUACUCUUGAGAGCAUGGCUCCCUUUAAAUCUUGCUUCUUUCAAAUGCCGAGAUUCUCAUCUGGUCCGGGAGCUGUUGGUCUGUGAAGCGGGAGAGGACACAGGGACAGCUGCCACGCACAACAUAAAUCAAGGAAAGAAGAACACGAUAGGAAGUAGUUGGCAAGUUGCAGAAUCGUCCAAGAUUAUAGUUCUAGUGUUUGUUUUUUAAUCUUUCUUUUAAAAGCUUAACUUUUAUAGCAUUUACUUCGGAGUGAGAUAAGAGCCAUGAUAGAUAGUAGCAUGGUUCUUCUCUUCCCCUCAAUGAAAAUUGGAGAGAGGAUGGAAAGAUCCGAACGUUUUCGUUUAGUUUAAGCCAGCAAGCCAGAGAUGAGUCGAUCAUCAAUUCAAGGCUUCUUCUUCAGAUCAUACGGCUCUGACGCCAUUAGUUGUAGCGCAGUAACCACAGAAUACGGAGUACAUAAAUCGACACAGAGAACAAGAAACAGAACAGUGGCAAAGAGAUUAUGUGAGCUUUAAAAAGAAGAGAGAGAGAGAGAGAGAGAGCUUAUCCCAACAAAAAUUAAGAGAAAAGUAUAGCAGCAGAGGUUAUAUACUUGUAGAACUGCAUUUCUCAAUCUCCUCUCUUUAAUUUUGCCUUCUCUUCCUAUUAUAUUUUCAUUUGAUCUUUGUAUUUCUUCUCUAGGAUUGACAAUCCACAAAAUACUAAGAUGAAGAAUGAUAUAAAGCAAGCAAGAAGAAUAUAUAAUUUCUAUUUU